CCAGCUCGGCGACGAGACUCCAUCAUUCCAUCUCCCUCCUUUUUUUCUUGGAGCUCCAAGCUCUCUCUGGCUCUCUAAUCUCUUUCUGGUGCCGUACUGCGAGACAGGCUUCUGCUUCGGACGUUCUCUCAGGUUGAAUCGUAUCACAAUUGCUUAGCAACCAAGGAGGACAGGUCAGUGCUACUGCCACUGUGCCGUGCUUCUUCAUCCUCGGAAGCUGCUGCUGCAAGUGUUUGGUUUUGGCAAGUGGAAUUUCGUGAAAUGGUUUUCAGGAGUUGUGGAGUGCCCGGCAUUGGGACUUCUUUGUUUGGUGGUGGGCUGAGUUGAUGGUGGUUUUGGUUGGACCUCUCCGGGGCAUGGACUGGCAAUGGCCGGAUGUUAAGGUUUCCGGAGGUAUCAGGAUUCAAGGAGCAGAUUUAGUUCCGAUCCGUGAGGCCGACUUAGACGCAGCACAAUGGCUGGCCUAGUCUACCAGAAUUGGAAGGGAAACAAUAUAUUUUUCUUCGGCGGCAGAUUAAUAUUUGGUCCAGAUGCGAGGUCUCUACUUGUAACUAUAUCACUUAUUGUUGUACCUGUGGCGUUCUUUUGUGCAUUUGUUGCAAGAAAUCUACUCCACAAGUUUCCUGCAUACAAUGCUGGUUAUGCAAUUCUGGUGGUGGCCAUUGUCUUCACUAUCUAUGUUUUGGGGCUUCUACUCCUAACUUCUGCUCAAGAUCCUGGAAUUGUUCCUAGAGCUCUACAUCCUCCUGAGGAUGAGAUAUAUGAAUCCUCAAUUGCAAAUGAUGGUGUUGCUGGACAAACUCCAAGACUUCGAUUUCCACGUAUCAAAGAAGUUUCAUUCAAUGGCAUGACUGUGAAAGUAAAAUAUUGUGAUACAUGCAUGCUAUAUCGUCCUCCACGCUGCUCACAUUGCUCCAUUUGCAACAAUUGUGUGGAACGAUUCGAUCAUCAUUGCCCAUGGGUCGGUCAGUGCAUUGGGCAGCGCAACUAUCGGUGCUUCUUCAUGUUUGUUUCUUCAUCUACCGUCCUUUGCAUAUAUGUGUUCGCAAUGUCAGCUUUGAACAUUAAGUUUAUCAUGGAUGGUGACUACCACACAGUUCCGAGUGCACUUAGGCAUGCUCCAGCAUCCUUGAUACUUAUGAUUUACUGCUUCAUUUCUGUUUGGUUUGUUGGAGGCCUUACAGUGUUCCAUUUGUAUCUUAUUGGUACUAACCAGACUACAUAUGAAAAUUUCCGAUAUCGAGCUGAGAACCGCCUCAGCAUGUAUGACAAAGGCUGCUUGAGUAAUUUUGCUGAGGUAUUUUGCACAAGUGUGCAACCUUCAAAGAAUAAAUUCCGUGCCAAGGAACAGCAAGAUGUUCAAAAACCAUUGCCAUCUCCAAUGGAAAGCAGAGAUAUUGAAGAGCCGGUUGAUUAUAUCCGCAGCAAGGUGGAAGAUGACCUCGAGAUUGGUGGUGCUUUCUCUAAGGUGCGUGAGCGCACCUUCGAUGAAAAUGAUGUAGGAGACCAGAUCAAUCCAGGCCAUGGCAUUAUUCUGGAUAACUGCUCUGCAGCACUUGAACAACAAAUGGAUGGUCGUGUGCCAUCUGAUGUGCUCAAUGGCGCACACAGGCACUCAAGCUGGGGUAGGAGAAGUGAGAAUUGGGAGAUCUCUUCAGAGGUUCUUGGGAUGAGCUCCUCCGUCACAGAGAGUGGAAGAUUUGGCGUGCAUGGAGCCUCUCCUGUAAGCAAGUAGAAAUUUUAUAAGCUGGUAAAAGUGGGAACUGUGGGGAGGUAGAAAGGAGAAUGCUACUUUUGAUUUAUGUCUUGUUGUUCCAUUACAGAAACUGUUUGUGGGUAUGAAUAGAUAGUUCGGAAUGAAGAUUUCUCCGUAUUUCUGGAGUUCCUUCAUUUCCUUCCAUUCUUUUA